UCCCAGGCUGCAUCAGUCUGCUGCAGGAGAAUAACAAGCCCCAGCCUCGUGCUUCAGGAACCAGGACUACUGGCUGAACUUCAGUCUGCAACCAAACAUGUCUGUGGAAACAUUCUCCAGAUUCUCCUUUCUCCUGCUCAUUAUUUCACUGACGGUGGCCCAGGACUGUUCCCAGCCCUGCUCCUGCCCCGCUGACCCCCUUCCCUGCCCGGUCGGUACCAGUCUGGUCCUGGACGGCUGUGGCUGCUGUAAGGUGUGUGCCCGUCAGCUGGGGGAGCCCUGCUCUCUGAUGGAGCCCUGCGACCACCACAAGGACCUGUACUGCGACUACGCCCUGCUCAGCGACACUGAAACCGGCAUCUGCAUGGCCCAGGAGGGUCAGACCUGUGACCUCCAGGGCGUCAUCUACCACAGCGGUGAGUCCUUCCAGCCCAGCUGUAAACACCACUGUGUGUGUAUGAACGGGGAGAUCGGCUGCAUACCCACAUGUUCCAGCGACGUACGGCUGCCCUCCCCCGACUGCCCCUUCCCACGCCGCAUCACCAUCCCCGGGAAAUGCUGUGAGGAGUGGGUGUGUGACGAGACCCCACAGGACUACCACUAUCAGUCAGUGAUGGCCGGAGCGUCUCAGUUUCAGCCGUUGCCAUCUUCAGCUCCAGUCUCAGUGUUCAGGCCUCAGGGGCCGAUGGCAGAGAGUCCCAGAGACAACUGCAUCGUCCAGACGACGGAGUGGAGCGAAUGUUCGGCCACAUGUGGCAUGGCCGUCUCAUCCCGCAUCACCAACGACAACCAGCGCUGCCAGCUGGAGAGACAGACCAGGAUCUGCAUGGUACGACCCUGCAACAGCCAACAGGAGAAGGACAUCAAGAGGGGGAAGAAAUGUGUGCGCACACCGAAAGCCCAGCAGGGGAUGCGUUUCGAGCUGUCGGGCUGCACCAGCACCAGACUCUACAAACCCAAGUUCUGCGGCGUGUGCACCGACAACCGCUGCUGCACGCCCCAUAGCACCAUCACAGCAGAGGUGGAGUUCCGCUGUCCAGAGGGAGACGUCUUCACCAAGAAGAUGAUGUUCAUCAAGACCUGCUCCUGCCACCACGACUGUCCACGAGACAAUGACAUCUUCAUGGCGUCCAACAUCAGGAGAAUGUUUGGGGACUACGAAAAUGACAUGUGACAGGAAAAUAAAUCCACUCACACUCUCACAUCAGGACCUGAGGACCUUCUGCAUUGACUGCACUGUUUCACACGACUAUAUUCUCACAUGUGAACCUUCGAUCUAAUCCAGCCUUGAUGUAAUCACUCAGCAUUUUAAGACUUUACAGAAGCAAUAGUUUCAUUGGGUGGGAGGAAGACUAUAGGAGUACAGUAAAGUAAAGGUGAAGGUGCACUGACACACUGAGGAAGAACCCUUAAAGUGAAUCAUUAUCUAAUUUUACGAAGGCUACAGACUGAAGCCAAAUGUGACCCAAGAUUUUUCACUUUUUUUUUUCUCUUUUUGUAUAUGUGACUUUUUGCUCAGAUCUAUUUUUAAUGUUGGUGUGAACAGCACAAACCACAUGAAGCAUGAUGUGUUUAAUUCUGAUUUAGUCUCCUUACAUAUGAGGUCCUUAAUCAGACACAGAAGUGACUUAUUUGCAACGUGACGUCAGUCUAAACCAGGACCGUCAAACUCAUUGUAGUUCAAGACCCACAUAAAGCACAAUUUGAUCUCAAGUAGGUUGGACCAGUAAAAAUAAUAAUAUAACAAAACAAACAAAAUAGAAAACUUCAGUAUUGAAAAUGUUGACAUUUACAAAUUAUCCCUUAACAAAAAAAAAAAAGAUAACAUAACACCAGCAGGGGGCAGUAGAAUAACUGUGGUCUAUAAAGAAAGACUUAAGUAGUUUUUGACAGAGGCUGAUAGAGGAGUAACAGAUCUCUUCUUCUCCUUCAUCUAAAUGUUUUUGUUGAUGUCUAAGUCCACACACUUCCUGACCAGUCUGCCUCCAAAGGUCAGACAGACUAAGAAAUGUUCAAGCAUGUGUCUGUGUCUUAUUCUCUACCAACCACAGAGCGUUUGUUUGUAAUUUUUUCAUAUUUCUUGUGUUAUUAUGACAAUUUCAAGGGUGUUUUUUGAUUCUAACAUGAAAACAUGACAGAGUGAGGGGUUGUAGUUCCCUGACAGCCACAAGGACACUGCUGGACAAACAACAUUAAAUGUUCAACAUUUGGUAUUGUAUUUACAAAACGUGAAUCCAUGAAUCCACGUGCUUUUAUGCAGAAACAUGGAUUGAAUGUUUUAUUCUGAAGUUACAUGUGAGUUUCCUCUUCGGCUGGAGUGGACUGUUGACCACUGAUCAGAUCAGUGUCCGUGAUUUUUGACAUUUGAAAUGUAGAAACAUGACUAAAGAUUACUAUUACUUUGAUUAUUUUCUGUUUAUUUAAGAAGAAAUGGAGAAAAGACGACUUUGACAUUUGGCAAAGACAGCCAGUGUAAAUACUGUAAGACUGUGUACAGUUUUGUACUAUAAUUUAUGCAACUUGUUUAACACAAUGUUGUAGUAUUAUGUCUUGUUUCACUGUAACCACGAAUGAGUUGUCUGUUUGCACUUUUGCUUCUUUUCCAAUAAACAAAUUAUAUUUUUAUACAUACA